AUGUCUGUCAAGGUCGCGUUGGUUGGAGGGGGUAUUUGGGCGAGGGAGGAACAUCUGCCGGCCGUGCAAUCUGCCAAGGAUCUCGUCUUGGUUGCGGUUUUCUCACGAACGCUGAAGUCAGCGAAGGCGAUCGCCGAUUCGGUGCCCGAUGCCGUGGACAUAUACUCCGAGGAUUCUGACAAUGGCUACGCCGAACUCUUGAAGCGUUCAGAUAUCGACGCAAUUAUUAUGUCCCUGCCUAUUAAGAACCAGGUAACAUACAUCCGAUCUGCUUUGCUUGCGGGGAAGCAUGUGCUCUCUGAGAAACCUGUCUGUGAGAAUAUCCAGGAUGCAGAAGACAUGAUCAAGUGGUACCGCUCAGAAAUCAAUGGCUCAUCCUGGGCCAUUGCGGAGAAUUGGCGCUUCUUGAAGAGCUACGAGUACGCGCGCGAAGAAGUUAAGACGAUGGGUCGAAUUCUCGGGUUCCAAGGUCGACAGCACGCCUUGGUUGAACCGACUGGGAAGUUUCAACAGACUGAAUGGCGAAAGAAUCCAACUCACCAGGGAGGCUAUCUCCUGGACGGUGGUGUUCACUACAUGGCUGGCCUCCGGCAGCUUCUCGAGUCGCAGCCUGGAAAUCACAUUGUUCGUCUAUCGGCGUUCACGAAUCAGCUUCGUGACUACCUCCCACCAGCCGAUACCAUCAACGCGGUGCUGAAGACGAAAUCCGGCAUCACCGGCACUUUUCAACUGUCUGUCGGGACCAGCUUCCGCGAAGAUUCGUGGGCUGUCUCCUGUGAACGUGGCUGGAUCACUGUUGAGGAUUCAGAGGUGACCAUCUGCCGGGACGGUCAAGUAACUAAGAAGACCGUCCAGAAUGAAAGAACGGGAGUACCUCCUGAGAUUCGUGCCUGGGGAGAGGCACUAGCUGCCGGGAAGGUUUUAAAGGAGCAGGGACCAGAAACUGCUUUGGCGGAUCUUGAGCUGAUCGAACUCAUGAUGAGGAGUGGCGAGAAAGGAGGGACCCCUAUGGAUUGUGUUCACCAAGAAGUCGUCUAG